AUGGAUGAGAACAAGGAUGGUGUCGUGAGUGAUGCUGAGAUCGCCAAGUUUCAAGACUCCGUCGUCAAGUCCCUGGAGAAGAUUUUUGUGCAGGGAGAGUUCAAGUGCAUCAGCGACUCCAGGGUUGCAUGCACGGCCGAGGAUAUCAAGCUCUACUUCAGGCUGACUCCCAAGACCAAGGGAGGCGGCCAGCCGGAGAACGAGGAGGAGGCGUCCAAGAUCAUCGACUUCUGGAUCAGCUCCUUGUACAAGGAGCUCUCCUCCCCCUUCUCCGACUUCAGGCAGGAUCAGUUCACCAAGAGGGCCAUCUCAUGCUACGUGAUGCCCGAGUGUGACAAGGCAGAGUGCAAGAGAGUGAGGGACCUCAUGAAAGCUAGGGACAGCGCGAUCUGGGAGGCCGACAAGGACAUGGUCGACAGCAUGCAGGCCGCCAAGAAGGCUCUUUCGGCCAGAAUGAAGGCAAACAAGGCAGACUCGGCCGUGCUCAAGAGCUCUGUGGCGUUCAAGCUCGCCGAGGCCAAGUACGACAGUCUGAGGACUUUGAACAGAAGCUCCAGCGAGUUGGAGGCUGAGUACAAGGCGAGGCAGCAGGAGCACGAGAAGGUGGUUGACCAGGCGAACAAGGUCGCCACCUUCGCCAAGGAACUGAUGACGAGCGCCGAGAACAGCCGCAGCCGCGCGGUGGUCAGCUCUUAUCAGGCCACCAUGACGUGCAGGAACUUCAACAACCUCUGCUACUCCGCCAUGUCUGCCUGCGCUGAGUGCGGGUGGAACAAGGAGGUCAAGGCUGCCAACAAGACCCUCUACCGUUACGUUUGCCCGGACAAGACGCCCGGCAGUGAGGUCGGCCCCUUCACCGGAAACUUCUACGACGCGGACAGGCAGACCUACUUGACCUCUGACUUCGAGUCUCCUUCCUCCCUCGCCAAGACUAUCGUAGGAUCCUCGUGA